AUACCCGAUAUAUUUAAGUUACUUUAUGGUAGAUACCUAAGCUGUGUACCUACCUAAAUUUUUUAUUUUUAUUUUUAAUAUAAACAAAUUAAAAUACCUUACAAUUCGAAUGGUUUUAAUAUCGAAUUACAAAAGGAGUUUAAAGUAUCACUUAUAAUAAAGGUUUGAGAUAAGGCGGCAAAAGUUUUAACAUCAAUUCUGUCCUCUUACUUGGCUUAAAUUGCCUUAUUGGAUUAAUUAAUAAUUAGAGUGUGAAGUAACGAGUACUAUAAUAAUUGGUAAACAUAUCAGGGUACUGAAAGGAACCUGUGCAGUGCCCUUUUUCCAGGAAGGUGUAAGAAUUUUGGCGAUUUCGUGAUACUAACAUUCUUACAUUUAGAACAUACAAGUACAAUGUUUGACCAUUUCACACAAAAUUCUGCCCCACCACCUCCACCACCACCUAAAAAGACUUUAAAGUUUGAUAAAGGAUAUAUAAAAACAUGGCCUGGAAUAUUAAAAGUAGUUGAAGUGGUAUGCAACAUGGUUGGCUUCAUCUGCAUCAAAAUCUCCUGGACGUGGCUGUCAGCUAUUUUCUACAACAUAGUGUAUUGGAUCGGGAACAUUAUCACCAUAGUCUUGUUCCUCAUGUACAUGUUCCACUUUGUUGAGAAGUACGAGAACUUGCCGUGGCUGAAAGGAGAGUUCUUCUUUUGCACUUUAAUGUGUCUGGCGUAUAUUAUAACAUCUAUUUUUGCUAUGACGAUUGGUGAAAGCGUAGGGUAUGCGGUUGGGUUCUUCGGUGCGUGCGCAAUCGCUGCAUAUGGUGUGGAAGCAUUCCUGAAAUACAAGGCAUGGAAGCGAGGAUUGCCGGCUCAAUAAUACAAGUAUUCUUAUGACGUUUGAAAUUUUUAAAUGCACCAAAUUUGUUACUAAAUUGUAUCUGUAAGUAUAACUUUUAUAUGACGGUUUAAUCAUUUUGUGAAUUAUAUUGUAAGGUAAUUUUGCAAAUAUAUUUUAUAUGUUUGUAUACUUUUAUA